UGUGAAGCACAGAACUUAUGAGUCAACCAAACAGGAAUAAGUUGGCAAAGUCACAAUUCAUAAAAACUCAUAUUUUGCUGUUGUUUUGAUACUCAAAUGCUGCUACUUGAAAAUAGCAAGCUAUACACAGCACAGGAAUGGCGAGCGGCAAGUGUUUUCGUUAUCUGAUAUUUGUGUUGACCUCUGUUUGUGUUGCUUCUGUGAAAAUAGGGCUCUCUGGUGUUGAGACACCACCAGGCCCGGCUAUGUUUGUAUUGGGGGAUUCAUCGGUCGAUUGUGGAGACAACAAUCCGUUCAACGGUCUCUUCCACAAAAAUCUGUCGCGAUUCCCUUGUAAUGGCUCUGAUACAACUCUUCUUCCACAGCUUCUUGCGAAGCGGAUGAAGUUGCCGUAUACCACACCAUUCUACAGUCAAAAUGGCUCAAUUGAUCGGAUCUUAGGUGGUCUAAACUUCGGGUCAGCAGAAGCUAGCAUCCUCUCCCCUCGUAGUCGAAACUACCAGUCCCUCAACCAGCAGCUCCGCCAGGCAUUCGAGACUAUUCAGUUAUUGCAGCUCCAGCUUGGUGAAUCAACUGCCAACGCAUUCAUCAACUCUUCUAUCUUCUACCUCUCCUUUGGGAAAGACGACUUCACCGAUUUCUUCCACAACAACUCGUUAGGUAACAGUGGCUUCGACUUUGCCCACAUUUUGGUUGAGCAGAUGACAAAUGGCGUGAGAAGCCUGUACGCCUCUAAUGUGAGGAAGAUAGUAUGUGCUGGUGUUGUGCCCUUGGGGUGUGCACCGCAAGCGCUGCUGCUCAAGUCUGGUGGCAAUGGCGUGAGGAAAGCAUGCUUGGACGAUGUCAACAAAGUGGUAUCGUACUAUAACAGGCGACUGGAGGGGAACAUAGCCGGCAUGGACCGACAACUGGGAGACGCGCGCGUUGUCUUCUGCGAUGUUUAUGAGGGCGUGAUGGAGUUCAUCGAUCACCCAGACAAAUACGGCAUAAAGGAUGUGAGGAAUGCGUGCUGUGGAGUGGUGAGGGACGGAAAGGUGAGUGGCUGCGUGUCAACGGAGAUGGCCUGCCAAGAAGCUUCGACUCACGUGUGGUGGGACUUGCAAAACCCCACCCCGGCCGUGAACUCGCUCUUGGCUCAGUCCGCAUGGUCUUCCCCUUCCCUUUGCCGCCCCUUUUCUUUGAAACAACUCUUCUGAGUUGUAUAAAGAGUCAAGAAUGGGGAAUAAAAGAAGCAUUGAAUUGUGGUUAAAUAAAUGUAGUACAAAAAGCAAAAUAAGUGUUAAUGACACAAUAAUUAAGCGUGUAA